AUGCUCGCUGCUCAUCUCGCCUCCUUCAUCCUCGCCGCCGUCGCCUUCUCCAGUGCAGACGCUCUCCACAUCCGGCGCGAUUCUACGCCGAUGUCGCUGCCGUUCGUCCGGCGGGUGAACGCGACGGGCGUGCCGAGCAUCAUCCAGCAUGACCAGGCGCGCGCGAAGGCCCUCAAGGCGAACCGGGCGGGAGCGCGCGAGUUCCGGCGCGCGCCCGGGCCCGUGUUCAACGUCCCGGCGACGAACCAGGGAGUCGACUACACGACGACGGUGUGUGCUCCCACGGUGCAGAGUGUCGAAUUGCUCAUUGACACGGGAAGCUCCAACACUUGGGUUGGUGCGCAGUCAGAUAACGCCCUCCAAGGUGGUCGGACCACUGGAGACACUGUGUCUGUUAAAUACGGCUCUGGCUCCUUCACCGGCGAGGAGGUCUUUGCCACGGUGAAGUUUUCUAAUGGCAUCACCAUAGCCAAUCAGUCCAUCGGUUCAGCGUCAGCCUCCCAAGGUUUCCAUGGCGUUGACGGAAUCCUCGGCAUCGGCCCCGUAGAUCUGACGUGCGGAACGCUCGAGUCCGACAAGAGCGCGUGCAUCCCCACAGUGACCGACAACGCAUUCUCGCAGGGGCUGAUCUCCACCCACGUGGUCGGCAUCUCCUUCAAUCCCACCACGACGAUCGGGAGCAUCAACGGCGAGCUCACGUUCGGUGGGGUCGACACGAGCAAGUUCACCGGCACGCUCAACUACGUGCCCAUCACAUCAACGUCUCCUUCCAGCCACUACGUGGGCAUCGAUCAGUCGAUCACGUACGGGACCACCGACGGAACCACUGUGCUCCCCGCGACGAGUGGGAUCACGGAUACUGGGACGACGCUGCUCCUUCUUGCCACUGACGCGUACAACACGUACAUGAACCUCACCGGCGCGGUGCCAGACAAAUCGACGGGCCUACUUUCGCUCACACCAGCCCAGUUCGGGAACCUCCAGAGCCUCUUCUUCCACAUCGGCAACAACACGCUCGAAUUCACGGCCAACGCGCAGGCGUGGCCGCGUGCGCUCAAUUCCGCAAUCAACGGCAAGGCCGACCUCGUGUAUCUCGUCGUGGCCGACAUGGGGAGCCCGAGCGGCGAGGGCCUCGACUUCAUCGACGGCCAGACGUUCCUGGAGCGCUUCUAUCACGUCUACGAUAUCGCGAACAGCAGAGUCGGGUUCGCAACCACGCCGUUCACGUACGCGAGGACGAACUGA